AUGAAUCCACCAACUAAUCCACGACCUGAGAUGGUAGCUGAGUUACGCAAACAGGCUUGUGCACCAGAUGUUGAUCAGGUAUAUCAAUUUCUUAAAAAUUUAAGUAAAUUUAACUCUGUAAUACCUGAACCAGUUGCAAGUUAUUAUUUAUCUAAAAGUGGAAUUGAGUGUAAUGAUAAAAUUGUUCCAAAAAUGAUAGCUGUUAGUACACAGAAAUUUAUAUCUGAUAUAUUAUUAGAUUGUAUGACUCAGGCUAAACAUCGUGGACUUGGUACCACAAAAACUAAUAAAAAAGGUAUAAAAGAAACUAAGUAUACUUUGAAUAUGGAUGUUUUGGAGAGUGUUCUUAAGGAAUAUGGUAUUGAACCUUUACCUACAAUUAAUGUUAGCAAAGAAAGUAAAUAA